AUGUCAAACCUCACCUUCUACUCGAGACCUGGCCGCGGGGAGGAGUUCCGGAAUAAGUUUGGCUUCAGCGAAUGCUGUAUCAUUGGCGACAAACUGGAACUUGCAGGACAAGCCGGUAUGCUGGACUCGAUGGAGAUCUCUGAAAAUCUCGAGGAAGAAAUUAGCCAAGCAUUCGACAAUAUCAACGGAGUCAUUCUCCAUGCACUGGAACAAGCAAACCAUCCGACAUCUUCGUCGGGAAAGUCGGGCUGGGAUCGUGUCUUCAAAGUCCGCACGUACCAUACCAAUCUUGAUCAGGAGGAGAUCCAUGAACAGACCAUCCAAGCCAUGGUUGCGCAAGUCAAGAAGUGGUGUCCGGAUCACCAGCCGAUCUGGACGAUGGUUGGUGUGAGCUCGCUGCCUUUUCCGGGCCAGAAUGUGGAAAUUGAAGUGGAAGCCUUCUUGGGUGAGAAAUAG